AUGUCGGAAAUUGUGGAUACGGAACUCCUAGUGAAUUGCACAAUUCUCGCUGUGCGUCGCUUCGAGCUAAACAGUAUUGUGAACACAACGCUGUUGAAUAGCCUUAACCGCACUGAGGUAGUCAGCCUUCUAUCCGGCAUCAUCGAAAAUCGAGAUAAUCUCGAUAGCAUCAACGAGGCAAAGGACUUUCUCACUGAAUGCCUCUUUCCAUCGCCCACACGGCCAUAUGAGUUGCCGUGGGAGCAGAAAACAAUUUGGGCUAUCGUGUUUGGUCUGAUGAUGUUCGUGGCUAUUGCGGGCAACGGAAUAGUGCUGUGGAUUGUAACAGGACAUCGCAGUAUGCGCACGGUCACAAAUUACUUCCUGCUGAACCUGAGCAUCGCUGACCUGCUAAUGUCCUCCUUGAAUUGUGUCUUCAACUUUAUAUUCAUGGUGAACUCGGAUUGGCCAUUUGGCUCGAUUUAUUGCACCAUCAACAAUUUUGUAGCCAACGUAACGGUUUCAACUUCGGUCUUCACCCUGGUCGCCAUCUCCUUCGACAGAUACAUUGCCAUAGUACACCCGCUGAAACGCCGCACGUCGCGUCGCAAAGUGCGCUUCAUUCUCGUCCUGAUCUGGGCACUGAGCUGUGUCCUGUCCGCCCCCUGUCUGCUCUACUCCAGCAUCAUGACAAAGCACUAUUAUAACGGAAAAUCGCGUACAGUUUGUUUCAUGAUGUGGCCCGAUGGACGUUAUCCCACAUCGAUGACCGACUAUGUCUAUAAUUUGACCAUAUUGGUGCUGACCUACGGCAUACCCAUGAUCGUAAUGCUCGUCUGCUACUCACUUAUGGGUCGAGUUCUGUGGGGUAGUCGGUCGAUUGGUGAGAACACGGAUCGCCAGAUCGAAUCGAUGAAAUCGAAGCGAAAGGUGGUUCGCAUGUUCAUAGCCAUCGUCUCCAUCUUUGCCAUUUGCUGGUUGCCCUAUCAUAUGUUCUUCAUCUAUGCCUAUCACAACAAUCAGGUGGCAUCCACAAAGUACGUGCAGCACAUGUAUCUCGGCUUUUACUGGCUAGCCAUGUCCAAUGCCAUGGUGAAUCCGAUCAUUUACUACUGGAUGAACAAGAGAUUCCGCAUGUAUUUUCAACGGAUAAUUUUUUGUUGCUGCUUGGGUCUUACACGAUACAAGUUUGACUCGCCAAAGAGUAGACUGGCGAACAAGAACAGCUCGAAUCGAAAUACCAGAGUGGAGACCAAAAGCCAGUGGAAGCGCAGCACAAUGGAGACUCAAAUCCAGCAGGUCCCCAUCACAUCGUCACGGGAGAGGCAGGCUGGACAAGCGCUGAACCACAUGGCAGUGGAGUGCAUCAUCGAGAGGCCAAUGGAUGAUAAUAGCUCCCCCAUUUGCCUAUCUAUUAACAACAGCAUGGGCGAGCGACAGCAUGUGAGAAUUAAAUACAUUUCAUGCGAUGAGGACAACAAUCCCAUUGAGGAAGCGUCCGAAGGCAACAGCAACCAAAGUCACAGUUACAGUCAUAGUCACAGUCACGGUCACAAUCACACCCACAGAUGCACUCACAGCCAAAAUAAGACAGGCAUUCAGCAACUGUGAUGUAAAAGUAUUGAAACGGUUUCGUCUUUUGAAAGAGAGCCAAUCAAAAGAAGAGUAAUUUCAUUGUAAAUACGAAACAAGAAGUUGUGGUUUUCAGACAAACGAAUAUUAACGAAAUUGUAUGAAUUUUUAGAGUGUAAUCCAAAACGUUUUCAUCCACUCAAAUAUGUAAGUAAUACAUCAAUAAUGAGAUGUACGUUUUUAAUGUUGUAUAAAUAUAUAGUACAAUUUAAAUUUAUUGUA